UCUAAAUCCAAUUCUCUCUUCAAUGGCCUUCUCCAAAACUCUCUCACUUUCUCUCUGCAUUUUCUUCCCAUGUUUUCUCUCCCUCUCUCAAGCUUAUACUUUCUACGUCGGUGGAAAAGACGGUUGGGUUCUCAAUCCCUCUGAGAGCUACGACAUUUGGGCUAAUCGAAACAAGUUUAGAGUAAAUGACGUUCUGGUGUUCAAAUAUCCAAGAGGGUCGGAUUCUGUGGCGGUGGUUGGUAAAGAGGAUUAUGAUAAAUGUGAUUUGAAUAAUCCGAUAAUGAAAUUGGAAGAUGGGAAUUCGGAGUUCAAAUUUGAUCGUUCUGGAGCUUUUUAUUUUGCUAGCGGGAAACGGGGGAAGUGUGAAAAUGGCCAGAAAAUGGUGGUGGUUGUUAUGUCUCAGCGUUCUUUUUCUCUAUCCUCCAAACUGGCCUCCACGCCGCCAGAGAUUUCACCUACUUUGCCACUGUCCUCGUCAGGCACACUCGGUUCGCCUAUGCCCUCGUCAGACACACUCGGUUCGCCUAUGCCCUCGUCAGCCACACUCGGUUCGCCUAUGCCCUCGUCAGACACACUCGGUUCGCCUAUGCCCUCGUCAGACACACUCGGUUCGCCUAUGCCCUCGUCAGACACACUCGGUUCCCCUAUGCCCUCGUCAGACACACUCGGUUCCCCUAUGCCCUCGUCAGACACACUCGGUUCGCCAUUGCCAUCGUCAGAGACGCUCGAUCAGGAUCCGAACUCGUUCGAUCAGACGCUCGAUCAAGAUCCGACCCCGUCCGAUCAGACACUCGAUCAAGAUCCGACCCCGUCCGAUCAGAUGCUUGAUCAGGCUCCGACCCCAUCCGAUCAGACGCUCGAUCAGGAUCCCACCCCGUCCGAUCAAACGCUCAAUCAGGACCCGACCCCGUCCGAUUCGACAGGGGAUACGUCGCAAUCGUUCCAGGCAUCCGGUUCAGAGCAGCCGAUGUCGGAGACAAUGAAUUCGGAGGCACAGUCGUCGGACACAUCUGGUUCUUAUUAUGGAGGAAGCUCUUCGUCAGACUCAUACGGUUCGUCGUCUCCUUACGAUUCGGGUGGGACAGAACCCUCAACCGGUACUUUGACACCAAUCGCUCCAUCGGUAUCACCCUCUUCCGCCACCACUCCUGGAACAUCCCCCGCGAGUUCACCAUCUUCAGAAUCUGGAUCUCCGGCAAAAUCACCAGAGGGAGAAGCACCAGCACCGGCGGGAGAAGCACCAGCACCGGCGGGAGAAGCACCAGCACCGGCGGGAGAGGCACCAGCACCGGCGGGAGAGGCACCAGCACCGGAGGGAGAAGCACCAGCACCGGAGGGAGAAGCACCAGCGGAGGGAGAAGCACCAGCGGAGGGAGAAGCACCAGCGGAGGGAGAAGCACCGGCGGAGGGAGAAACACCGGCGGAGGGAGAAACACCGGCGGAGGGAGAUACACCGGCGGAGGGAGAUACACCAGCUGAUGAUUCGUUUGCCAAAGCUUUAUCUCCGUCAAUAAAUUUGUUGGGUUCCAUUACAGUUGUGUUAAGCAUGGUCAUCAAUGGCAGAAUGAUUACGACGAACUUCACUUAAACCAGAAGAAGAAGAAGGAAAAUUAUUAUUGUUGUUGCCGCCUCCGACGACUGCUGCUAUAUACUACUACUACUUAGGGUUUGUGAAAAGAUUUCUCCAAUAAUAUGCCUUUUUCUUUUU